AUGGCCAGUAAUCUGAUCUCAUACGCAGGCUGGACGUUCCUCCCGGGACUUGUUUCAGGUUGGAUACAGUCAUUUUACUAUGGCAUUACCAUUCGAGCUGGCGAUCCAAAGCCGCAACCGGGUACACCUAGAUACCAAAGACAUCGACGACGGAUACAGAUGACCGUCAUAGUCAUCUACCUUUUGUAUACUAUAUAUGAAGCGGACUACGCUUUGAGACAAGAGGGAGACUUCUAUCAAGAUCUUCGGGUAUCACUAGACGCAGACGAGAAGCAAAUAAAAUCCAAAUUUCGCAAAUUGUACCGCCUCCCUUCACACGACCCAGCCGCGGUCUAUCAUCCUGACAAAGUUGAAGAUCCUUCUGCCCGCGCCGCCGCAGAAAUUCAUUUCGUCACCCUCAAACAAGCCCAAGAUACCCUCUCCGACCCAAUUAAACGCUUCGCCUACGAACGUUUUGGCGCGGACACCCUACAAUGGCAACACUGCUCUAGCAUGCGCGAUUACAUCCUCCGUGGCGUACAAGUCACUCAACUCCCGUUGUAUCUAGCCAGCCUUGUCUUCCUCGUCCUCAUCAGCUUCACAAGCUAUCUCCAAGCUGGGCGUUUCUGGCGCUACUUUUGUCUAAUUGCAGUCAUCACGUUAGAAUUCCACACCAUAACUCGACCCUAUCGAACUCCUAUAUUGACGAAGAUUUUGAAUCCUGUUCUUGAGAAUGUGACGACUCACCCGCCCUUGCUUCCUUACCAACUCCUUUCUCUGGCACGGAAAGCAACAGUCACCCUUUUUAUUGCUUUCUCCCAGCUGAGCAACCUAUACGAACAGCCGAAGACCCAGACCAUGAGCAAUGGUGCGCCAGUCCUGGACCUGCAGCAAUUGGCACGUCUGGAGACUAUUGCGAAAGGAGCGGAGGUGGAGACUGGACGACUGCUGGGCAUGGAUAUGGCGCCCUUUGUGGGGGAUGAGCAAGGGACGAAGGAGCUGAAAGGGCGCAUCAAGGACUGGCUUGUCAACAAUACCAUUAGAGCGGAUCCAGAGGUGAGGGACGCGGUUGGAAAAGCACUUGCCAGAAGGCGAGUUGGUACACCGGUUGGUUCAAGACUGAAAUAA